CCUUUCAGACGUCACAUUUCUUCACGGAAAAUAAGAUAUUGGUUUAUUUACGCCCAACAAACAGUAAAUUUUAGUAAAGUUUAGUGUUUUAAGUUAGACUUCUUGUGUUUUUCUGUUUUUUAAAUUACAUUAUCGUAGUAAAAGAAGUAGCGUUCAUAAAACUGUCGGGCACCGAAACCAGGAAAUGAAUUUUUUACCUUGUACCCGAUUUCUACUGACUUUGGUGUCUGUGAUCGUCAUCUCAGCCAUUUCUACAGAUCAGACAAACAUCACAGCUGAAGUUGGACAGGAAACAUUUCUGCCCUGCAGAUCUCCUGAUAAUAAACCUGCUGUGUUUGUUGAGUGGAUUAGAUCUGAUCUGGGGUCAGAAUAUGUUCUUCUGUACAGAAAUAAGAAGAUUAAUCUAGAAAACCAGCAUGUGAUGUUUAAGGACCGAGUGGAUCUGCAGGACAGACAGAUGAAGGAUGGAAACGUGUCUUUGGUUCUGAAGAACGUGACGACUGACGACGGAGGAGCUUAUGAAUGUCGAAUCAUUCAGACAAACAGCUGGAUGGAGAUUGUCUUCGCCAUAUACCUGGAUGUUCUAAAUCCUCCAGAUCAGACAAACAUCACAGCUGAAGUUGGACAGGAAACAUUUCUGCCCUGCAGAUCUCCUGAUAAUAAACCUGUUCUAAUCUUACAGUGGAUUAGAUCUGAUCUGGGAUCAGAAUAUGUUCUUCUGUACAGAAAUGAUCAGCUUGAUCCAGAAAACCAGCAUGUGAUGUUUAAGGACCGAGUGGAUCUGCAGGACAGACAGAUGAAGGAUGGAAACGUGUCUUUGGUUCUGAAGAACGUGACGACUGACGACAGAGGAGCUUAUGAAUGUCGAAUCAUUCAGACAGAAACAAACAGCCGGAGGAAAACCAUCAUCAUCAUCAACCUGAUAGUAACGUCUCCAGGUGAACCUGAUGGAGGGAACCGAGACGGACCUGCUGGUCUGAUUGGUCCGGUGGUUGUUCCGGUGGUAGUUUCAGUUAUUUUAGUUAUUUUAGUUAUUGUUGUUACUGUUGUUUGUUUGAUCCGUAAGAAAAAGGCAUGUUGGAGUCCAAAGUCAAAGCAGAGUUCUGAAGAACCAUCUCCAUCUCAGCAGCCUUUAACGGAUCAGAACCGACCAGCUGGGCAGUGAGUCCAGUCUGAUCUGAAGGAUGAUGGAUCCAGAACCUUCAUCAUAAAUCAGACUGACUGUUUUCAUCGGAACCAAACAGAGGAAACCCAAACUGGUAUCAGCUGGUUCUGUCCUUCACCAGAACCAAACCAGGCCGUUACAGAACCGUUACAGAACCGUUGUUCCAGAACCGCUACAGAACCCGUCCAAACUGGACUGAAUGCUUCAUUAUUACAGAAACUGAAUGAAGCUGCAGGUUGGUGUCAGGAUCUGCUGACAGUUUGUGACUUUUAGACGUUUCUUCUGGAUUUAAAAUGUUUUUAUUUUAUAUUUCUGUUUUUAUUUUAUGUAUUUAUUCAGGAUGGAUCUCACUUAGAAACUAAAACUCAUUUUCACAAGAAACUUGUUCCAACCUCAUAUACAGUCAUAUUCAAUAACCUGGAAUAUUAUUGAAAAGUUCAUUUUUUCAGAAACUCAAUUCAAAAAGUGAAACAGAAACAGAUUAAACUGAUUGAUGUUUAUUUUUAUUAAUUGUGAUUUUUUUUCUGCUUAAUGAAAACACAUUGAAUAUUAAUAUUAAUCAGACCAAUAAAUAACUUUUUAAUGCAGAAAUGUGAAUUUUCUAAAUAUACUUUUAAUCUGACAAAAAGUUUCAUCUGCACAUUUAUUCUGUCUUAUUAAAUAUGACUGUUUUAUAUUUGUUCAUAAACUAAACUGUUUGUGUUAAAUGUUCCUCCUGGAAGCAUCUAAAUCAUUUCAUUUAUUACGUUUCUGAUGUUUCUGGUAUUUAUGCAGCAUUUCUCCAGUCAAAACAUUUCACUGGUUUCACUGGUUCCACUGGUUCCACUGGUUUUACUGGUUCCACUGGUUCAGUGUCUGGUCCUGCUGCUGUUACUUAAAGCUGCAUGUUUGUUGCUUCAGUCUCAUCUCAGAGUUCUCAUGUCUUUAGUAACGGCUGGUUUCAUUCCUGUCUGGCAGAGAUAAUGUUCAUGGUUCUGGAGUCGGAACAAUAAACUCAUAAAUUCUCCGUUUGGAUCUUUAUUGUAAUAACUUGUAAAAUAAAUGCUGGCAGAUUGUUGAACCAUCUGAGGUCAGCAGGUCAACCAACAUGUUCAGGAAGCAGAAACCAGUUCAGAUGAUGUUCAGCUCGUUCACAUCAGUCCUGAAUAUUAAAAACAUAAAACUCAAA